AUGCCAUCUGCCACGAACGCCGCCGAGACGACCGAGACCGCCGCUGACGAGGUAAUGUCACCUUUGCCCCGGUUCGUUUUGCGUGUCUCAAGAUUCUUCGCGCAGGCUCCCGUUGCAUCAAUGCAACCCCAAACGUCCGCUAUGCCGGCCACCCAAGCACCCGAGACCAACGACACCAUCGCGACCGACGAGACCGAAAAUACCGACAACCCGCUCUACCUCACCCCCAAAACUCCCGAGGCAAACGCAGAGGAUCCGGCAGAUGGGAAAUGGUCCAUAGCCGGUAUAAAGGGCCACCGCGUCGACCCAAACGACCCGACGAGACUCCAGCUAAGAGUCGCAUGGGAACCAUCCCACGGCCGCGAAUGGCCGCAGACUUGGGAGCCUGAGGGCACGAUACAGGAGGACGCCUUUGAAAUCUGGUCUGCCUACGCCACGUCCCACGACUGCCGCCGAGUUCUUGGCGAGAACCGAAACAAAUAG